GAGGUCCAUGGCUGUUAAAGCCGGAGGGGCUGGUUUGACAUUUGCUGCAGAUUCAGAAGAAGGCGACAAAAAGUUGCUCUGGUAGCGGUACUUUCCAAUUUGAUCAUGUCCGCUGAUUUCUGAAAAAAGCACUCCCCACCCAAAAAAAAAAAAAGAAAAAAAAGGAAAAAAAACCCCUACAAACUCCCUGCUGACAGUUUGAAGUAAUGAGAAACACUCAGUGACAGAAGGAGCCAGAGCGACAGCAGGACUGACUGGAGCUUUUCUCUGCAGCGGUGAGUGGAAAUGACAAGUUUUUACCAACCAACAAAACUUGCUUUAAAGCGUCUGUGGCGUGGAAUUAACCUCGUGCUUGUUCUGGAAGGGGAGAUUAAUGUGCAGAGUGGGUCUCAGCCUCCGUCACGCUCGUGGAUGCAGAGCCGCCGCGUGGUUUGGUUGCUGGAGUCGAGACGCUGAUAAGCCUCAUUAAUAGUUACAGAAGAUGUCUGUGAAUGCUCCUGUUAGCAGUUCUUGGAUCAGUCCUGUGGAUUUUCUGGCUACUGUGGAGGAUUUACACCAGGAGAGCCGUAAUGCCGCUGAAAGGAGAGAAGUCUCCACCUGAUGGCGAUCUCAGUACAGCCAGUGAGAACACAGCCUCCCCUCAAGCAGACGAGCAUUCCUCCUCAGAGAACGGCCCCGAGGCCGACGGCGAACCAGCAGGUCCUGCAGUCAAAACAAUGGAGCCUGAUCCUCCGCAGGCCGGGGUGAAUUCAGGGCAGCCGUCGCUCCCCCAGACCACCCACAAACUUCCUCGCACCAAAACACCAAUGCUGAGCUCGGGGCCCGAGGCGAGGGAACGCCUCAAAUUCAUUCUUGGAGCGUCGGAGGAUAACUCUUCGGAUGAGGAGCCCCUCACCACAAAACCUCCAAGUGGCACGCCUCAGCCGUCAGCCUCCGCCUCGAGAUGCUCCCCGCAGGAGGUCUCCUCCGCAAGGCCGGACUCGAGCAUCUCAGGACUCAAGCCUAGCAUGUCCGGUCCCCACCUGGUGAAAAAAGGACGUGAGCAUAGAAAAAUGGAUCUCCACAGAGACUUCACGGUGGCCUCUCCUGCCGAGUUCGUCACGCGAUUCGGUGGCAGCCGAGUUAUAGAAAAAGUGCUGAUCGCUAAUAACGGCAUUGCUGCAGUCAAAUGUAUGCGCUCUAUCCGCCGCUGGUCCUAUGAAAUGUUUCGCAACGAGAGGACCAUCCGCUUCGUGGUCAUGGUGACCCCCGAAGACUUGAAAGCGAAUGCAGAAUACAUAAAGAUGGCAGACCACUAUGUUCCCGUGCCCGGUGGAACCAACAAUAACAACUAUGCUAACGUGGAGCUGAUUGUAGACAUCGCCAAGAGGAUCCCAGUUCAGGCUGUGUGGGCUGGCUGGGGCCAUGCGUCUGAAAAUCCCAAACUGCCCGAGCUGUUGGACAAAGCCGGGAUAUCAUUCAUGGGGCCGUCCAGUAAGGCCAUGUGGGCGCUUGGAGAUAAGGUGGCCUCCUCCAUCGUGGCGCAGAGUGCAGACAUUCCCACACUGCCGUGGAGUGGAUCAGGUCUGAGAGUGGACUGGUCUGAAGAGGACCAGAGACUGGGCAAUGUAAUCAGUGUUCCUCCAGAGGUCUACAGAAAGGGCUGCGUUCGUGACGUAGAUGAUGGACUGCAGGGAGCAGAGAAUAUUGGCUAUCCAGUUGUCAUCAAGGCCUCGGAGGGUGGUGGUGGGAAGGGGAUCCGAAAGGUCGAAAGCUCUGAAGAUUUUUCGAGCUUCUUCAGACAGGUUCAAACGGAGGUACCGGGCUCUCCCAUCUUCAUCAUGCAGCUGGCUCAGCAUGCGAGGCAUCUGGAGGUGCAGAUCCUGGCCGACGAGUACGGAAACGCCAUCUCUCUGUUCGGACGAGACUGCUCCAUCCAGAGGCGGCACCAGAAGAUCAUCGAGGAGGCUCCUGCAACCAUAGCCGCCUCCUCAACGUUCGAACAGAUGGAACGGUAUGCCGUGCGGCUGGCGAAGAUGGUGGGCUACGUGAGUGCGGGUACUGUGGAAUAUCUCUUCUCUGAGGACGGAAGCUUCCACUUCCUGGAGCUGAAUCCUCGUCUUCAGGUGGAACAUCCCUGCACGGAGAUGAUUGCAGACGUAAACCUACCAGCUGCCCAGCUCCAGAUUGCAAUGGGAGUCCCACUUCAUAGAAUUAAGGACAUACGGAUGCUUUACGGAGAGAGUCCGUGGGGGGACACCCCCAUCGACUUUGACAGUCCAAGCUGUGUGCCAAGUCCCAGAGGACACGUCAUCGCUGCUCGGAUCACCAGCGAAAACCCAGACGAGGGGUUCAAACCCAGCUCCGGCACUGUGCAGGAGCUGAACUUCCGCAGCAGUAAAAACGUCUGGGGGUAUUUCAGUGUCGGGGCGACCGGUGGCCUGCACGAGUUUGCCGAUUCCCAGUUUGGACAUUGUUUCUCGUGGGGUGAGAACCGUGAAGAAGCCAUUUCGAACAUGGUCGUUGCUAUGAAGGAACUGUCCAUUCGAGGAGAUUUCAGGACCACGGUUGAAUAUCUUAUUAAACUUCUGGAGACCGAAAGCUUCAGAAACAACGACAUUGACACAGGCUGGCUGGAUCAUCUCAUUGCAGAGAAAGUGCAAGCAGAGAGGCCAGACACCAUGCUGGGCAUCGUCUGUGGAGCUCUGCAUGUCGCCGAUGCAAGUUUCAGAAAGAGCAUGUCCAACUACCUUCAUUCACUGGAAAGAGGUCAGGUGCUGCCAGCUGCCAGUCUGCUCAACUCGGUCAGCGUGGACCUGAUUUAUGAGGGAGUCAAAUUCUGUCUGAAGGUGGCUCGACAAUCCCCAACAACGUAUGUCAUCAUGAUGAACGGCUCCAACAUCGAAAUAGACGUCCACAGGCUGAGCGACGGCGGCCUCCUGCUGUGCUACGACGGCUGCAGCCACACCACCUACAUGAAGGAGGAAGUCGACAGCUACCGCAUCACCGUUGGCAACAAGACCUGCGUGUUUGAGAAGGAGAAGGAUCCCACGGUCCUGAGGUCGCCCUCUGCUGGCAAGCUGCUGCAGUACACAGUCGAGGAUGGGGGGCAUCUUUUUGCAGGAGAUGUGUUUGCAGAGAUUGAGGUGAUGAAGAUGGUGAUGACUCUGACUGUGCAUCAGUCUGGCUGUAUCCACUUUGUCAAGAGGCCCGGGGCGGUUCUGGAGCCCGGCUGCAUCAUGGCUCACAUGGACUUGGACGACCCCAGCAGUAUACAUAAAGUGGAGCUUAACACCGCCACGUUACCACCGCAGCAGCCACUGCCCAUGGUCGGUGAAAAGCUCCACCAGGUGUUCCACAGCGUGCUGGAAAACCUGAUCAAAGUGAUGGACGGGUACUGUCUUGAAGAGCCUUACUUCAGCACCAAGCUGAAACAGUGGGUGGCCACCCUCAUGAAAACCCUCAGGGACCCCUCACUGCCACUGCUGGAGCUCCAGGAGAUCAUGACCAGCGUGGCCGGCCGUAUUCCGCCGAGCGUUGAGAAAGACAUCCGUAAAGUCAUGGCUCAGUACGCCAGCAACAUCACCUCUGUCCUCUGCCAGUUCCCCAGUCAACGGGUCGCAAAUAUUCUGGACAGCCAUGCAGCGACGCUCCAGAGGAAAUCUGACCGAGAGGUUUUCUUCAUGAACACUCAGAGCAUUGUGCAGCUGGUGCAGAGAUACCGCAGUGGAAUCCGUGGUUAUAUGAAAUCUGUGGUGCUUGACCUGCUGAAGCGUUACCUGCAGGUCGAAAUCCAGUUUCAGCAAGCUCACUAUGAUAAGUGUGUGAUCAACCUAAGAGAGCAGCACAAACCAGACAUGAGUCCUGUGCUGGACUACAUCUUCUCCCAUGCUCAGGUCUCCAAGAAGAACGUCCUGGUCACAAUGCUCAUAGACCAGCUGUGUGGACGGGAUCCCACUCUGGCAGAUGAGCUCAUGGCCAUUCUGAACGAACUCACGCAGCUCAGUAAGAUGGAGAACUCAAAGGUGGCUUUGAGAGCCAGACAGGUCUUGAUAGCCUCCCAUUUGCCAUCAUACGAGCUGAGACACAACCAAGUGGAGUCCAUCUUCCUGUCAGCCAUUGACAUGUACGGCCACCAGUUCUGCCCAGAAAACUUGAAGAAACUCAUUCUCUCUGAAACCUCCAUUUUUGACGUUCUGCCCAAUUUCUUCUACCACUCCAAUCAAGUCGUUUGCAUGGCGGCCCUGGAGGUCUAUGUUCGCAGAGGGUACAUCGCCUACGAGCUGAACAGCAUCCAGCAUCACCAGCUGCAGGACGGGACGUGCGCCGUGGACUUUCAGUUCAUGUUGCCCUCGUCGCAUCCGAACAGAGGGAGCAGCCCUACUCUGAACAGGCUUCCCGUCCCGGUGUGUGCGUCUGGCCAGCACAAAAUCAGGCGUCACGGCAGCGAGCUCUUCCUGGAGGGAGCCUUGUCUCCGCCCUGCCAGCGCCUGGGAGCCAUGGUGGCUUUCCAGUGUUUUGAUGAUUUCAAAAGGGAUUUCGAUGAAGUUCUGUCCAGCUUUGCUGAACCUCUCUUGGAGAGCUCUCCCUUCUCAGAGUCCUGCUCCGGCCUGUAUGAAGAGGAGAGUUUCAAGAAUAUCAGGGAGAACCCGAUCCACAUCAUCAAUGUGUCCAUAAAAACAGCAGACACGGAAGACGACGACACCCUGGUGACGGCCCUCACCGCCUUCACCCAGCUGAAGAAAGCAGUCCUGUUCGAGUACGGAAUCCGGAGAAUCACGUUUUUGAUUGCACAGAAGAGAGAAUUCCCAAAGUUCUUCACAUUCAGAGCCAGAGACGGGUUCCAGGAGGAUCGCAUCUAUCGUAACCUGGAGCCGGCUUUAGCGUUCCAGCUGGAGCUCAACAGGAUGAGGAACUUCGACCUGACGGCGGUCCCCUGUGCCAAUCACAAGAUGCACCUCUACCUGGGCGCCGCUCGCGUUGACGAGGGCGCCGAAGUUACGGAUUACCGCUUCUUCAUCCGAGCAAUUAUUCGCCACUCAGAUCUCAUCACAAAGGAAGCCUCAUUUGAAUACCUUCAAAACGAAGGAGAGCGCCUCCUGCUGGAAGCCAUGGAUGAGUUGGAAGUGGCCUUCAGUAACACCAACGUCCGCACAGACUGCAAUCACAUCUUCCUCAACUUCGUCCCCACUGUCAUCAUGGACCCCUCGAAGAUCGAGGAGUCCGUCCGCUCCAUGGUCAUGCGGUACGGCAGUCGUCUUUGGAAGCUGCGGGUCUUGCAGGCCGAGCUGAAGAUCAACAUCCGUCUGACACCAACAGGGAAUGCCAUCCCCAUCCGCCUCUUUCUCACCAAUGAAUCCGGGUAUUAUUUGGACAUCAGCCUUUACAAAGAGGUCACAGAUCCCGGAUCUGGCCAGAUCAUGUUCCAGUCGUAUGGAGACAAGCAGGGCCCGCUGCAGGGGAUGCUGAUCAACACUCCCUACGUGACCAAAGACCUGCUGCAGGCUAAACGCUUCCAGGCGCAGACUCUGGGCACCACAUACGUUUAUGACUUCCCUGAGAUGUUCAGACAGGCUUUGUUCAAGCUGUGGGGUCCGGGAGGCAAAUGCCCCACAGACGUGCUGAUCUGCACCGAGCUUGUUCUGGACCCUCAAGGGGGACUGGUGCACAUGAACCGCCUGCCUGGAGACAAUGAUGUGGGGAUGGUUGCUUUCAGGAUGAAGAUGAAGACUCCAGAGUACCCGGAGGGCAGGGACAUCAUCGUCAUCUGCAACGACAUUACCCACAUGAUCGGCUCGUUCGGCCCCCAGGAGGACGAGCUGUACCUCAGGGCGUCGGAGUUGGCCCGGGCCGAGGGCAUCCCCCGCAUUUACAUCGCGGCCAACAGCGGCGCUCGCAUCGGGCUCGCCGAAGAGGUGAAGCACAUGUUCCAGGUGGCCUGGAUCGACCCGGCCGAUCCCUACAAGGGUUUCAAAUACCUCUACCUGACACCGCAGGACUACACCCGUAUCAGCGCCACCAACUCUGUUCACUGUCAUCAUGUAGAGGAGGGAGGAGAGUCCAGGUACAUCAUCACUGACAUUGUUGGGAAGGACGACGGUCUCGGGGUUGAGAACCUGCGAGGCUCUGGCACCAUCGCAGGAGAGUCUUCUCAGGCCUACCAGGAGAUUGUCACAAUCAGUAUGGUGACGUGUCGUGCGAUUGGAAUCGGAGCUUAUCUGGUCCGACUGGGACAGCGAGUGAUCCAGGUGGAGAACUCCCACAUCAUCCUGACUGGCUCCAGCGCUCUAAACAAGGUUCUGGGACGGGAGGUCUACACGUCCAACAACCAACUUGGAGGAAUCCAAAUUAUGCACAACAACGGAGUCACACACUCCACCGUGCCGGAUGAUUUUGAUGGCGUCUUCACUAUUCUGCAGUGGCUCUCUUACAUGCCAAAGAACAAACACUCCCCUGUGCCUGUUAUUGCAACGACUGAUCCAGUAGACAGAGAGAUCGAUUUCAUUCUCUCUAAAGCGCCGUACGACCCCCGCUGGAUGCUCGCAGGCAGACCUCAUCCCACUGUGAAGGGCUCCUGGCAGAGCGGAUUCUUUGAUUAUGGCUCCUUCAUGGAGAUCAUGGGAUCCUGGGCCCAGACUGUGGUCGUGGGUAGAGCGCGGUUAGGAGGGAUCCCUCUGGGUGUCAUUGCUGUCGAAACUCGCACAGUGGAGUUCACUGUACCAGCAGAUCCAGCCAACCUGGAUUCAGAAGCUAAAGUCCAGCAGCAGGCCGGCCAGGUGUGGUUUCCAGAUUCAGCCUUUAAAACGGCUCAGGCCAUUUGCGAUUUCAACCGUGAACGUCUGCCUCUCAUGGUGUUUGCCAACUGGAGGGGCUUCUCCGGGGGGAUGAAGGAUAUGUAUGACCAGGUCCUGAAGUUUGGGGCUUACAUCGUGGACGCCCUGCAUGGUUUCCGCCAGCCGGUGCUGGUAUACAUCCCUCCACACGCUGAGCUAAGAGGGGGAUCCUGGGUGGUGAUCGACCCCACCAUCAACCCGCUGUGUAUGGAGCUGUACGCCGACAGAGAGAGCAGAGGCGGCGUGCUCGAGCCUGAAGGUACAGUGGAGAUCAAAUUCAGGAGGAAAGACCUGCUGAAGACCAUGAGGAGGCUGGACUCGGUGUACGCUGGCCUGGUUGAGCAGCUUGCCUCACCAGAACUGUCUGAAAAACAGUGCAGGGAGCUGGAGCUGAAGCUGAAAGCCAGGGAGGAGUUCCUGCAGCCAAUCUACCACCAGGUGGCAGUGCAGUUUGCAGAUCUGCACGACACACCUGGCAGGAUGCAGGAGAAAGGUGUAGUCACUGACAUCUUGGACUGGAAAAAUGUGAGGAGUUUCUUCUACUGGCGUCUGCGCCGCCUCCUGCUGGAGCAGGUGGUGAAAUGUGAGAUUUUACAGGCCAACAGGGAUCUCAGUGACGGACACAUGCAGUCGAUGCUGAGGCGGUGGUUUGUUGAAACAGAAGGAACUGUCAAGGCUUACCUUUGGGACAACAACCAAGCUGUGGUUGAAUGGCUGGAGAAACAUUUGUCCACUGAGGAUGGAGUCAAAUCAGCCAUCCGAGAGAACAUCAAGUACUUGAAAAGAGAAAAUGCUCUGAAACACAUUCGCAGCUUGGUGCAGGCCAACCCCGACGUGGUGAUGGACUGCAUCAUCCAUAUGAGCCAGAACAUCACUCCGUCUCAGAGAGCCAAGGUGGCGAAUCUGCUGGCGACGAUGGACAGCUCCAGCACCAGUUAAGCUCUGAGACUGUGAAAGAGAAUUACAAAAAAAAAAAAAAAGAAAGAACACUACCUUGGUUGAUUGUAUUGGUACUGAACCACUUAUGUGUUAAAUGCACAAACACAAGGUUAAUUGCUCACAAUGUUUGUUUAAAAAAAAGAUAGUGUUUUGUUUGUCAUCAGCUUUGUUCUGCACAGAAGUUUUUGUACAUUUGCCUGUUCAGCCAGAGCUGCUACUCCUCUGAUCCACCAGCUUUCACUUUAGUGCACAUUUUCUGUGCUGCAGUGUCGGUGUGCCUUAUACCACUGUCUUGAAGCUGUACUUAUUCAGGCUCGAUUGGCUUUUGGGAGCCAGUCGUCACUUUUCUUAAAGAUUGCAUGAUGAGUAUUUACAUGUUUGAAUGUAAACUGUAUGGAAAAAUAAGCUCAGACGACUGGUCACCUCUUUGACCAGGCUUUUCAUGAAAAGAAAAUGACUAAAGAUUUGUACGAGUCUUUAAUCAGUUAAAAAUUUUUUUAAUUUUGUAUCGACUGAAAAAGAAUUCUUGUCGGUAUUUUCUGAUCCAGCAGAUUUCUAAUGAGAGUCAAGUUGCACUGUCCGUUCAGGUCGUCGUUUUGAUUCUUGUAAGUCUUUUUAUUUAUGUCGCUAAGUCUGUGGUUGUGGUUGUAACACUGGAUUUAAUACUUUGUUUAGAAAAAGUUCUCUGUUUCUCUUUGAAGUGGAAGCUUUUAUGACUCAGGUUCGAUUGAGGGCGCCACGUCGUUUGCUCCUCACGGUGUCUUGGUUCGCCUAACCUCUGACUGGAUCAUCAGAGGCCUCAGCCAUGACAUUUCAUUUGAAUAAAUAGAAACUCUUUCCUGUGUCUUCUAAUUUGCUACGGGCUGUUCAUU